ACUUUACAGAGUUCAAAAUAGUCUGCUAAAAGGUUGGUUCUAGAGAAAAUGCUGUUUGAUCUGGCUGGUUCAUCUGUGGAAUAGUCUAGAGAGAGAGGCGAAGAUGGUGAUGUCACCGGUGGUGAACACCUACCCUCUAUCGAGCUACACUUUCGGGACGAAAGAGCCAAAGAUGGAGAAAGACACCUCAGUCGCAGAUCGUCUCGCUCGUAUGAAAGUCAACUAUAUGAAAGAAGGAAUGAGGACCAGUGUUGAAGCAAUACUACUGGUACAAGAGCAUAACCAUCCACACAUUCUUCUUCUGCAAAUUGGAAACACGUUUUGCAAACUCCCUGGUGGUCGUUUGAAGCCAGGAGAAAAUGAAAUUGAAGGCUUGAAAAGGAAAUUGAGUAGCAAACUUGCUGCUAAUUCGCCUGCACUACAGCCUAAUUGGCAGAUUGGUGAGUGUGUUGCUAUCUGGUGGAGGCCAAAUUUUGAAACUAUAAUGUACCCAUACUGUCCUCCACACAUCACAAAAGCCAAGGAAUGUAAGAAGCUCUUCCUAGUUCACUUGUCUGAAAGGGAGUACUUUGCAGUUCCAAAAAAUCUGAAAUUGCUAGCUGUUCCCCUAUUUGAACUCUAUGAUAAUGUUCAGAGAUAUGGACCAGUAAUAUCAACAAUACCGCAGCAGCUUUCAAGAUUUCAGUUCAAUAUGAUCCCCACAUGAAAGCCACACAGUUUACCGGAGUUUAUCAACCAGAAACUUUAAUUAAUGAUCACUGAAUCUGGAGUGUCUUCUAGUUAAGAUAGACAUGUUAUCGAAGCUAAUAAGACAUAGAUCCAUAUUUAUAGUUUAGUUUUACCUGCAUAAGCAAGUUCUUGAUAUUCCUCAAGUUUUGUUCAUGUGUGGGUUUAGGUCAUCAGGCUGGUCUGAGUAGUGUUUUGAGUUGCAGAGGUGGGGGUUAUUUGCAUUACUCAUUUGAAAAGCUACAUGGAGUUGUUUUGUUGUGUACCAGUGGGUUGUGGCUUGUGUUCACCCCUGGGUUUAUGGACUGAAACAUCUCCAUUGUACUUUAAUUACUGGAAAUGGAUGAAUCAUUUAUAUA